GUUGGAUUUCUUGUUCUCAGUCUGCCUUGUGUUUUUCCCCUGGCGGUUUGAUUGAUUGAAGUCUCUCUCUCUCUCGAGUCAGCUGCAAACUCGCACGGAUCCACCCUACAGCUGCUCUCCAGAUCCACGACUAACAUGCCUUUUAAUUAUCCACAUAGCAGCUGAGGAGGACACUGAGAGCUUCAUCUCCCUCAACUCGAUGUCUCUGAAGUUUUCAGAACGCAGCGUGGGAAAGUGUUGUCCUCCCAUUUGUUUUACGGCUGAAAUGGUUUCAUAAAACAUUUGUAAUCUGGUUCUACUGGCUCUUUAAUCGACCUGCCAUCUCCUGAAAAGUGCCGUCCUUUUGGAGUCAGUGUCCCCUUCAUCACCUGGUGGACGCCUCUUCAUCACGUCUCUUUUCCUGAUAACCCGAUCACCGCCGGUCCGCCGACGAGCAGCUGCAUCCUAUCGGAGCCUCCGGUCGACACCUCUGCUGCCGCCCACUCUCAAACACCAGACCGCGCCGAGUGACGUGACCUUUGACCCUUCCUGACAAUAGCUUUGUUAAUAAUUCAAACCCACCAGGUGUUAGGGUGACCGUGUGUGGUUACGGGAGGAUGAGCAGUACCUUCCCAGCACCGUGUCCUCGUGCUCUGGAGGUGUGGUUGCCUUUGCCACAGACUACGGCCAGGUGUACACCUACAAGCAGAAUGCACUCACCAGACAGAAGGUGCAGCCGAUGCACCACAGCAGCGUCAGAGGGGUGGAGGACAUGUCGACCCUCGAGGACCUCCACGACGGCGCCAUCAUGCACAACCUCUUCCUGCGCUACCAGCAAAGACACAUCUAUACGUACAUCGGUUCCAUCCUGGCGGCGGUGAACCCUUACCAACUGCUCACCGGCCUGUACGACCGGCCGGCCGUGGAAAUGUACAGCCGACACCACCUCGGUGAAAUCUCCCCGCACAUCUUCGCUGUCGCCAACGAGUGCUACCGCUCACUGUGGAAGAGGCUGCAGAACCAGUGUGUCCUGAUCAGCGGAGAGAGCGGCGCUGGGAAAACAGAAAGCACCAAGCUGAUCCUCAAGUUCCUGUCGGCCAUGAGCCAGCACUCCCUGGACGUAUCGUCCAGAGACGGGACGUCCCACGUGGAGGAGGCGCUGCUGGAGAGCAGUCCCAUCAUGGAGGCCUUCGGGAACGCCAAGACCGUCUACAAUAACAACUCAAGUCGCUUUGGGAAGUUUGUCCAGCUGCAUUUCUGCCAGAAGGGCAACAUCCAGGGAGGCCGAAUCAUCGACUACCUCUUAGAAAAGAACCGAGUGGUCCGACAGAACCCAGGGGAGAGAAACUACCACAUAUUCUACGCCCUGUUAGCAGGAACCAACACCCAGCAGAGAGAGGCGUUCGGGUUGACCCAACCGGACAGCUACCAUUACCUGAGACAGUCCAGCUGCCUCCCCGACAAGACAAUCAACGACAGCGCCACUUUUCAGGAUGUUCUGAAUGCCAUGCGGACGAUGCAGUUCACAGAGGAGAACAUCGGGGAGAUCCUGCGCCUCCUGGCUGGUAUCCUCCAGGCGGGGAACAUCGAGUUCAUGACGGCCGGAGGAGCGCAAGUCUCCUCCAAAUCAGCGGCUCUCAGCCGGACGUCUGACCUCCUGGGGCUGAACCCAGAUCAGAUGGCCGAGGUCCUGACCCACCGGUCCAUGAUCCUCAGGGGUGAGAUGAUCUCCACACCGCUCACUGUGGAACAGGCGGUGGACUCCAGAGACUCCAUGGCCAUGGCACUUUACGCACAGUGUUUCAACUGGAUCAUCCGCAAGCUCAACAACCGCAUCAGGGGCAAAGAAGACUUCAAGUCCAUCAGCAUCCUGGACAUCUUUGGAUUUGAGAACUUCGAGGUCAACCGCUUUGAGCAGUUCAACAUCAACUAUGCAAAUGAGAAGCUUCAGGAAUAUUUUAACAAGCACAUUUUCUCCCUGGAGCAACUUGAAUACAACAAGGAAGGCCUGGUUUGGGUCGACAUCAACUGGAUGGACAACGGAGAAUGUCUGGAUCUGAUCGAGAAGAAACUGGGUCUCCUGGCACUGAUGAAUGAGGAGAGUCACUUCCCCAAAGCCACAGACGGCACCUUACUGGAGAAACUCCACAGCCAGCACUCGAAAAACUCUUUCUAUGUGAAACCACGCGUUGCCGUGCACAACUUUGGAGUCAGGCACUAUGCAGGAGAGGUGGUGUACGACGUGAGGGGGAUGUUGGAGAAGAACAGAGACACUUUCAGAGACGACAUCCUCAACCUGCUGAGGGAGAGCAGGUUGGACUUUGUCUACGAUCUGUUUGAACACGUAUUGAGCCGAAACAAGCAGGACACUCUGAGGAACACCUCCAAGCACAGACGGCCCACCGUCAGCUCCCAGUUUAAGGAUUCUUUGCACUCCCUGAUGUCCACGCUCAGCACUUCCAACCCGUUCUUCAUCCGAUGCAUCAAACCAAAUACACACAAGAUGCCUGACCAGUUCGACCAGACGUUGGUUCUGAACCAGCUCAGAUAUUCCGGCAUGUUGGAGACGGUGAAGAUCCGACGCACCGGCUUCCCCAUCCGGAGACCUUUCCAAGACUUCUGCUGCAGGUACAAGGUGUUGAUGCGGGGCUCGACGACGCCGGAAGAUCCCAGAGGGAGCUGCGUCCAGCUGCUGCAUCUCUACGACAGCAGCAGCACCGAGUGGCAGCUGGGAAAGACCAAGGUGUUUCUUCGGGAGUCUCUGGAGCAUCGCCUGGAGAAGCAGAGGGAGAUGGAGGUGCUGAGAGCAGCCAUGAUCAUCCAGGCUCACGUCAUGGGCUACAUGGCCAGGAAGCAGUACAGGAAGCUGCUGCAGUGCAUUGUGGUCAUUCAGAAGAACUACCGGGCUUUCUACUGGAGGAGGAAGUUCCUGCUGCUCCGCUGGGCAGCGCUCACCUUCCAGAAACGUGUGCGAGGCCAGCUGGCCCGCCGGGCCUACGGCCAGCUGCUGGAGGAGGAGAGGAGGAGGAGGGAGGAAGAGAAGGAGGUGGAGCGCUGCAGGAGGAGGAGGGAGGAGGAGGAGAUGGAGAUGGAGAGGGAGAGACAGAGGCUGGAGGCUGAGAGACUCGCCACAGAGGUUGAGAUGGCCAGAAGACUGGAAGAGCUUCAUCGGGCUGAGGAGUUGGCCUCUCUGGCUCUACCUCAACCUGAACCUGCAGUAGCAGCCGCGACAUCACCGGACACCUUGGAGGAGCUUGAGUCAGCAGAGGCCCUGGCGGAGCCGUCUGAACAGGAGGCGGUGAUCCGUCCUCACGAGGCAUCUCAGGUGGAGGAGAUCCUGCGACUGGAGCGGGAGAUCCAGUCGCUGCAGCGGCUGAAGGAGCGCCAGGAGCUCUCCCUGACGGAGGCCUCCCUCAACCGCCUGCAGCUCCUCCGUGACCAGGAGCUCAUGCGCCUGGAGGACGAGGCCUGCAAGGCGGCGCAGCAGUUCCUCGACUCGCUGAACUUCGACGAGAUCGACGAGUGCGUGAGGAACAUCGAGAGCUCCUUGGGAGUCGGCGAAGGGGAGGAGAAGGAGAAAGAGAGCGGGCGGCGGAGAGGCAACGACGAGGAAGAGGUCGACGAAGGGUUCGGGGCCGACGACGAGGCCUUCAAAGACUCGCCAAACCCGAGCGAGCACGGCCACUCGGACGGCCAGCGGACGAGCGGGAUCCGAACGAGCGAUGACUCGUCUGAAGAAGACCCGUACGCCAAUGACGGUGUGACGCCACCGCUGCCGCCAACCGCCCUGCUUCACCAGCCGCUGCCUUUACCGCCGGUGCCCCCCGCCUGCCACAGCGCCUCAUCCAGUGGGGACUCUGUCUACUGCCACCCACAGGCUUCGUCUGAGGCUCAGUCCGAUGACCUGGUGGAGCUCAUACCGCCAGACGAGGAUUCGGACUACGACCAGGAUGACUACGACGAGGGCGCCAUCGUGUCCAGUGGCAGUGUGGCCUUCUCCAACCCUCGUAGCGGCCAGUGGUCUCCUGACUACCGCGGCUCUGUAGGCACCUACAACAGCUCAGGGGCUUACCGCUUCAGCUCGGAGGGGGCUCAGUCAUCGUUUGAGGACAGCGAGGACGACUUCGACAGGUUCGACACCGACGACGAGCUGUCGUACCGGCGGGAUUCCGUCUACAGCUGCGUCACGCUUCCAUACUUCCACAGCUUCCUCUUCAUCAAAGGCGGUCUGAUGAACACGUGGAAGCGGCGCUGGUGCGUCCUGAAGGACGAGACCUUCCUGUGGUUCCGGGCCAAGCAGGAGGCUCUGAAGCAGGGCUGGCUCCACAAGAAGGGAGGGGGUUCGUCCACGCUGUCCCGCCGCAACUGGAAGCGCCGCUGGUUCGUGCUGCGGCAGAGCAAGCUCAUGUACUUCGAGAACGACGGCGAGGAGAAGAUGAAGGGGGUGCUGGACAUGCACGAUGCCAAAGAAAUCAUUGAUAACACCGGUAAGGAGAACGGACUCGACAUCGUGAUGCCAGAGAGGACGUUCCACCUGAUCGCAGAGUCUGCCGAGGAUGCCAGCCAGUGGUUCAGCGUGCUGAGUCAGGUCCACGGCUCUACAGAACAGGAGAUCAGAGAGAUGCACGAUGAGCAAGCCAACCCCCAGAAUGCAGUGGGCACGUUGGAUGUGGGAAUGAUCGAUUCGGUUUGUGCGUCAGAUAAUCCAGAGAGGCCGAACUCCUUCGUCAUGAUCACGGCGAACCGCGUGCUGCACUGCAACGCUGACACGCCGGAGGAAAUGCACCACUGGAUCACUCUGCUGCAGCGCUCCAAAGGAGACACCCGCGUCGAUGGCCAGGAGUUCAUCAUCCGAGGCUGGUUGCACAAAGAGUUGAGGAACAGUACGAAAGCCUCACUGAAGCUGAAGAAGCGCUGGUUCCUGCUUACCCACAAUUCCCUGGACUACUACAAGAGCUCAGAACGCAACGCCCUGAAGCUGGGAACGCUGGUGCUGAACAGCCUCUGCUCGGUGGUUCAACCGGAUGAAAAGGUCUUCAAAGACACCGGCUACUGGAACGUGAUCGUGUAUGGCCGUAAACACUCGUACCGACUCUACUGUAAGCUGCUGAAUGAGGCCACGCGUUGGGCCAACUCCAUCCAGAACGUCAUCGACACCAAAGCUCCCAUCGACACGCCGACCCAGCAGCUCCUCCAGGACAUCAAGGAGAACUGUCUGAACUCGGAGGUGGUGGAGCAGAUCUACAAGAGGAACCCCAUCCUCCGCUACAGCCACCACCCGCUGCACUCGCCGCUGCUGCCACUGCCCUACGGAGACAUCCACAUCACUGCUCUGAGAAACAGGAGCUACUCGACCCUGCAGGACGAAGCCCUCAAAGUGUUCAGCUCUCUGCAGCACCUGGAGGGCGUGGCCGACCCGGUGCCCAUCAUCCAGGGCGUCCUGCAGACCGGCCAGGAGCUCAGACCGCUGCGGGACGAGCUCUACUGCCAGCUGAUCAAGCAGACGGUGCGGCCGCCGCAGCCCGCCAGCCCCGGGAACCUCUGCAGCUGGAAGAUCCUGGCCUGCAUGUCCUGCACCUUCAUCCCGACCAGGAGCGUCCUCAGAUACCUCAAGUUCCACCUGAAGAGGACUCGAGAGCUCCUCCCCGGCUCGGAGAUGGAUCGUUACGCUGCCUUCGCCCUCAACUCCCUGAGGAAGACUCGAGCCAGGGAGAACGUCCCGUCGCAGGAGGAGAUCCGCUCCAUCGUGGCCCGGCAGGACAUGAGCACCACCGUCCACUGCCACGGAGGAGGCUCCUGCAAAAUCACCAUCAACUCACACACGACAGCCGGAGAGGUGGUGGAGAAGCUGAUCCGAGGCCUGGCCAUGGAGGACAGCAGGAACAUGUUCGCUCUGUUUGAACACAACGACACCACAGAGAAAGCCAUCGAGAGCCGCAUGGUGGUAGCCGACGUGCUCGCCAAGUUUGAAAAGCUUUCAGCCAGCCCAGACGAACACAACACUGGCUGGAAGUUUUACUUCAAGCUCUACUGCUUCUUGGACACGGACAACGUUCCCAAAGACAGCGUGGAGUUCGCCUUCAUGUUUGAACAAGCCCACGAAGCCGUCAUCCGUGGUCAGUACCCGGGCCCUGAGGAGACUCUUCAGUUCAUGGCUGCCCUGAGACUCCAGUACCUCCAGGGAGAUCAAGGCUCCCAGGCCAGCGUCCCCGAAAUGUCCCAGGUGUUCCCCAUGGUGCGGUUGCGGGCCCGGGUGCAGAACUCGGCCAAGACGUUCGCCCCGGGCGCCGGCUCGGUGGCCGACCGCUCUGGGGGGACGUCGUCGUCGGAGAGGAAACGCUCGAGCUUCCUGGAGGGAACGCUGAGGCGGAGCUUCAGGAGCGGCUCGCUGAGUCGGCAGAAGCUGGAGGAAGAGAACAGCCUGGAGGCGUGGAUGAGGGAGGAGGCGGCGGCGGUGAGAACCAGCGUGAUGGACAAGUGGAAGAAGCUGCAGGGGAUGAACCAGGAACAGGCCAUGGUCAAGUACAUGACGGUGGCGAAGGAGUGGCAGGGAUACGGAUCCACUCUGUUCAACGUGGAGUGUCGGGACGGAGCGUUCCCCUCCGAGCUUUGGCUGGGCGUGAGCCGGGAGGCCAUAUCGGUGUACAAGCGAGGGGAGCCGUGGCCUCUGGAGGUUUUCCCGUAUGAACAGAUCCUCUCCUUCGGAGCUCCGCUGGCCAACGCCUACAAGAUCACCAUCGAGGGCCGAGAGAUUGUCUUUGAAACGCAAAUGGUCAUGGACAUCGCCAAGCUGAUGAAGGCCUACAUCAGCAUGAUCGUCAAGAAGCGCUACAGCAACUGUCAGUCCGUCAGCAGCCACGGCAGCCAGUGUAGUGCCUGGUGAACUCCGCCCCUAUUAACCUUUGACUUUAUGGCCACAUGCCUGAAGUGCCGCGGAGGGUCAGGCUUGGCCGUCGUGUGGACGCCCGUCCUCGGCGCUCUGGAGAGAGAGGCAGCUCGUACAUUUGACACGUCAGACUGACUCUGUGAAUGCUGGAGACGAACCACGAUGCUCUUAAUGUUAAUUAUUUUGACUGGUUUCAUUCCAAAACAUGAAACAUCCACACCUGAUAGAUCACAACUUAUAAAAGAAACACAGUCAGCAGUUGUUUCAAGCAGGUAGGAUAAAGCUGUUAUUGGAGUCCACAAGGCUUCGCUCUGCUAAAGUUCACACACAGAACAAUUUGAUAACCGUGACAGACUAGAAACCAGCUAAACCUCUAGAGAUUAUCAUGAUGAUAAGACAUCUGAUUGUAAGCAGGUUCCAGUGCUGAGAAGGUCGAGGGAUGACGCCCAUAAUCAAACACAAGUUUUCAGAAAAUCCAACAAAGCAACUACUUGAGUCGUGUAACUUUACACUGACGAAAACCAGGAGCCCUGCUUGAUAAAUCAACCUCAAUGUCCUUAAUUGUAAGUAAAUUACAGUUUCAUUAAUUUGCCUCCUACAAGAACCUUGAAUCUAAGGUUUUAUGAACAGGAUGACAUCCUCAGUAUUAUCAAAGUUUUUACAGUGAAACAAUCUGUUAUCUCUUAAAAUGUGCAUGUAAAAGACGGUCUAAGACACAUGAGAAACCCAGAUUGUUGCCGGGGGACCAAACAAGCAUAUCAUUAUUAAGAAAAUUACAUUAUAUGCAGGAGUUUUUUAACCGUACAGGACUGACUGUUUUGGGUAAUAAUGUUUCCGUUAACAAAACUUAACAAAACAGAGAAUUCCCCAGCAUGCCAACAUAUAAAAACAUGCACUGAAGGUCAAAAAAUACCUAUUUUUCAGGGCAGGGAGGGUACUGUACACAGUACUGUACUGUACUUUGUUAUUGUUAUCUAUAGUGGAUGUUUGCAUAAAAACACACAAUUCAAAAUGAUUAUGAUUAUUUAACUAUUUGCUUUGAUUAAAAAAAAUCUUGGCAAGCUGCUUAGAUCUUAGGUCAUAAUUCAACUCUCUAUGAUCUAUUUUAUAUUGAUGUGAACACACCUCCUUCAGACAACUGGAUUUAUUCAAGUUUCUCACCCAAAACUACAUUGAACACAUCAUGAUAACGUUAUAAUUUGCCUUUGAACGCCUAAUAACAAUAACUCAAUGGCACCUCCGUUAACGUUUGUAUCUCCGGUAUUUAGCCAGUCAGGACUGUGCUGCCCACCGGCUGCUAACCGCUAACGUACCACCAGUGGUACGUGUACCAUAGUUUGAGAAACCACUGGACUAAGACAACACAAUGUUGUGUUUAAGAGCAAAACACAGAAGUGUAUCAACGUAUAUUAGUCAAAUAUCAACAUAAAACCGCAUUAAAGUCAAAGUGAUUAGACAAUAACAAAAAAGAUACAACAAUUUCUCCUCCUACUGGGCUCCUGAAACAGCCAAAUACAACAACAAGUUCAACUUCUCCACAGUUUCUCAGACCAAAGAAAACCAGCUGAAAGGUUUAACCCAUUCAGUCAGAGUUUACUCUGGAGGUGCGGAUGUGUCUUGUUUUGGAAUAAAUCGGUUAAUUUCUUCUUGAUGCUAAUGUGCUGUGACACUACAAGGACUGUUGUUGUUGUUGUUGCAGGAUGGGGCUAUUUGUUACUGAGGUUUUUUUUUCGUAUGACUGUUUCGGUGUGUGUGAGUGUGAGUUUUGAGAGAGGUGUGUCUACAUGUCUGAAUGUAAAAAGCAAAAAAAAAAAAAAAAAAAGCAGAGAAGAUAAAG